AGAUAUAUAAUGAGAAUGAAAAAAGAAUGUUAUUGUAAUAUGGGAAGAAUGUUAAGGACUCAAAGUUACGCAAUGCAGGAAAACCAACUACCUUGCAUUAGUUGCACCACUUUUAACAUUCUUGCUCCUAUAUACAAACGUCUUAACAAGGAGGAUGAGAGUUGCCGUGAAAGUGAAUACAGAGCAUGUUGGUUGGCUAGGAAUCAAAGGAUAUUGGAUUGGUUGUUGUAUGAGAGAUCUUCCAUUAUCUGUCUUCAGGAAUUUUGGGUUGGAAAUGAAGAGCUUGUUAAUCUUUAUGAGAAGAGACUUGGUGAUGCUGGUUAUAUUAAUUUUAAGCUUGGAAGAACUAACAACCGUGGUGAUGGUCUUCUGAUAGCAGUGCAAAAGGAAUAUUUCACAGUUCUUAAUUAUAAGGAGUUGCAUUUCAAUGAUUGUGGUGAUAGAGUAGCUCAAUUGUUACAUGUUGAGAUAGCUUUUCCACUUUCACAAUGCCAAAAAAGUGGUACUAGGCAAGAAAUUCUUAUUGUCAAUACUCACCUACUAUUUCCUCAUGAUUCUAGUCUAUGCCUUGUAAGGCUACACCAGGUUUACAAGAUACUUCAAUAUGUAGAAUCUUAUCAAAAUGAGUAUCAACUUAAGCCUUUACCAAUUAUACUAUGCGGUGAUUGGAAUGGAAGCAAACAAGGACAUGUUUACAAGUUCCUAAGAUCUCAUGGAUUUGUAUCAUCAUAUGAUACUGCUCAUCAUUACACUGAUGCAGAUACUCACAAGUGGAUUAGCCACCGCAACCAUCUUGGCAAUACAUGUGCUGUUGAUUUUAUAUGGCUUCUGAAUCCUAACAAAUAUAUAAAACUACUAAAAGCAAGUUGGAGUGAAGCAGUAUUCUGCAUGUUCAAGUAUCUGUUGCGGAGAACUUCACCUGCGGAGAGUGAUGCAUUUGAUUUUCUAAAGGCUGACAAUGAAGAUUGUGUUACAUAUUCUGGUUUUUGUAAAGCACUUCAGCAGCUUAAUUUAAUUGGUCAUUGCUAUGGAUUAAGUGUUGAAGAAACAAAGGACUUGUGGUUCCAAGCAGAUAUAGAUAGAAAUGGUGUACUUGAUUAUAAACAAUUUCUGCACCAAAUCUGGAAUCCAACACGGUUGGAUCAAAGAGAUGACAACAAGAAUGAGAAGCAAGAUGAUGAACCAAAUGAUAGUGAAGAUGAUCAAACAAUUGGUUUUAGUGUAAAAAAUGCAGUUUUGUUCCCUUCAGAGGUGGAGAAAGGUAAAUGGCCAGAAGACUACUCCCUUUCUGAUCAUGCAAGACUAACUGUAGUCUUCUCACCUAUAACAAUGUCAUGCUCUAACUUGAUUUCUUGACAAACCUUUAGAUCACAAAAUAUUUAGUGUAUGUUUGGAUUGGCCGUAGUUUAGAAAAAAUCACAGUGGCGCUGUGAUUUUAUUGAAGCUCUAAAGUUUAGUUUUUGUCAAAACCACAUUUCUUGUGAUUUAACAUAAUCACUGUUAGUGUUCAAAAUUUAUGUACAUUAAUAACACAGAAGAAUGAGUGAAAUGAUGAACUCUAAUAGAGAAAGAAACUACAAUGAUGAUUAGUGCACCAUCAUUGGCUAUAAUUGAACUCACUAUCAUGAGAAAGCAAAGCACAAGAAAACUCAAUAAAGGGGCAAUUUGAUGGUAGAGAACAUGACUAUAGUAUUCUCAUAAAUAUCUUGUAUUACUUGUGACAUUUGAAGCAACAACAAUCAGCACUCAGAUAGUCA